CCCAGCUACAUGGGAACAAAGAAUCUAUCACAUGUCACAGAAUUCCUCCUCCUGGUCCUAUCAGAUGAUCCGGAACUGCAGCUCCUCCUCUUCGGGCUGUUCCUGUCCAUGGACCUGGUCACCGUCCUGGGGAACCUGCUCAUCAUCCUGGCCGUUGUCUCUGACCCCCACCUCCACACCCCCAUGUACUUCUUCCUCUCUAUCCUGUCCUUGGAUGACAUUGGUUUGACCUCCACCACGGUCCCCAAGAUGAUAGUGGACAAUCAAACUCUUAGCAGAGUCAUCUCCUAUUCAGGCUGCCUGACUCAGAUGUCAGUUUUUAUUGUUUUUGGAAGUAUGGACAGCAUACUCCUGACUGCCAUGGCCUAUGACCGAUUUGUGGCCAUCUGUCACCCCCUGCACUACCCAGUGAUUAUGAAUCCCCGUUUCUGCGCCCUGCUAGUUUUGGCGUCAAUUUUCAUUAGCCUUUUGGACUCCAAAUUGCACAGUCUAAUGCUGGUACAACUCACCUUCCUCAUAGAUGUGGAAAUACCUAAUUUCUUCUGUGGCCUUUCUCCACUAAUCAACAUCGCUUGCUUUAAAAUCCCCACCAACGCCAUAUUAAUGUAUUUUACUGGUGCCAUUUUUGGUGGUGUUCCGGUGUUAGGGAUCCUUUUCUCUUACUACAAAAUCGUUUCCUCCAUUCUGAGAGUCCCCUCGGCAGUCCCCAAAGCCUUCUCCACCUGUGGCUCUCACUUGUUAAUUGUUUGCUUGUUUUAUGGCACAUGCCUUGGGGUGUUCUUCAGUUCGGCUGCCUCAGGGGCUCGAAGGAAGUGUGCAGUGGCCUCGCUGAUGUACACAGUGGUCACCCCCAUGCUGAACCCCUUCAUCUACAGCCUGAGGAACAGGGACAUGAUGGGCGCCCUGCAAAGGCUAAUCAGGGAAGCCUCCAAAUCUCAGUGA